AUGAGUACGAAAACAACAGUCGUGCGCAAUGGCCCACCUAGCGGGAAGGGCGGUGGUGCUCCCAACCAAACGCUAUACCUUAAAAACCUGCCCGACAAACUCAAGAAACCCGAUCUUCGGCUCUCGCUCUAUACUCUGUUUUCCACAUAUGGUCCUGUCCUUGACGUGGUGGUCAUGAAGACGGCAAAGAUGCGAGGGCAAGGGCACGUUGUCUUCCGCGACGUACAAGCCAGCACCCAAGCCAUGCGAGCUCUCCAAGGCUUUGAUUUUUACGGAAAAGAACUAUCGGUCGCAUAUGCCAAAGGAAGCUCCGAUGUGAUCAGCAAGCUUCGCGGUACUUACGUCGCUCCGACUGCGAACGCCCCAGCCGCGUUUACAACAGACCUACAAAAAUCCAUUUUCAGCGGUCCGCCAGCGGCAGUCGCUGCGGGUACCAAGCGUCCUCGUGACGAAGAGAGCGACGAGGGAGAUGCACCUAUGGACGAGGACGAAAGUGAUGUGCCAAUGGAGGCCUCUUCAGAUGAGGAUUAA